AUGGAUCCUUUGAAAUAUGUGUUUGAGAAACCAGCUCUUACAGGAAGGAUUGCUCGAAUGGCAAAUGUUAUUAUCCGAAUACGACAUUUAAUACGUGACACAAAAGACGAAGACAUUAUGGUUAUAAAAGACUACGAGAUACCAGGACCCGACGAAGGACCGGAACCAGGGGCACGAUGGACACUCAUGUUUGAUGGUGCAUCAAAUGCACUGGGGCAUGGUGUUGGGGUUGUGUUAACAUCUCCAGAAAACUUCCAUAGGCCGUAUACUGCAAGGAUGUGUUUCAACUGUACAAAUAAUGUUGCUGAAUACGAAGCUUGCAUCUUAGGUUUAGAAGCUGCUAUCGAUCUCAGAAUCAAAUUCCUGGAUGUGUAUGGGGACUCAACGUUGGUCAUAUAUAAAGUCAACAGCGAAUGGGACACCAAGCAUCCCAAAUUAAUUCCAUAUCGAUAUCAUGUUUUGAAGCUAGCUACAUAA